AUAUUUGUAAUAUUUAUAAAAAUCAACGAAACAAUUUUUAUCUUCGUAUGGGCGUUGCCGAAUUUUUUUAUAGUUAAGUUGAGUGGCACAAUUUGGUAAAUAUUAAGGAGAAAUUAGGGUUAAUUCUAAUUUAUAUUUUAGUUUUAAUAGAUUAGAUUAGUAUUGUUGUUCUUGUAGAAAUCAAAUAUGAAACCAAUUUCAAUGUAACUGGACCAAAUAAACAUAAAUUUAAGAAGACUACAUCAAACUAAAUAAAAUUACAAAUGAUUUCUUUGGUUUUACUUUCCAUAAAUCCAAAAACCAACAAAAAUAUCAGAAGCGAAACCAACUACGAACUGGAAUUCCACUCCAAAUAAUUAUUUUAACGUUAUUAUAGUUAAUUUAGAAGAAAUUAUAGAAUUGUUUAAUUCAUGAUAAAAAUUGUAACUACGUUUUGUGGUGGUAAGGAUGAGGUGGAAUUCCACUCCUUCUAAAAUAAAUAAUAUAUAAGAAAUUAUAAAUCAAUAUAAUGUCAUAAUUUUUAAAAAAUGCACAUUUUCAAUUAUUUGAAUCAAAUAUAUUAAACUUGUCCAUAAAUGAUUUUUUAAAUUUGUGAUACAUUUUCAAUCUAAUCAUAUUUUUGAUAUUAGUGUUUAUAAAUUUUAAUAAAAAGUUUGACAAUGUAAGCUACCAAAAACAUAUUCAUUAAAGAAUAUGUAAAGAAAUUUUAUAAAAUUAAUAAAUAUUAAAAUUUAUUUACGGUUUUUCGUUUUUACUUACGUUUAGAAAAAUAAAAAAGAAGUGAAGAGGACGAAGACUUUCUGUAACAUGUGAUUAGACUUGAUGGGUAUUACUGACGGUUUAAUGAUCUGGUUCAGUGGAGUCCGGUUUGGUUAAGUUUACUGGUCUUAAUCAUUGAAAGACACCUUAACACGCGGUUUCACAUUUGAUGAUCGGAGACGACCCAACCAAACAAGAAUAUCUCAUUCGCAUUGGUCAACUAUUUAUAUAAAUAUUAAAUAAAAAUGAUAUUUUAAACCAAGCUGAAAAAGACAAAAUAUGAAAGAUAGAAUAUCCUUGCUCUAUACGCCAUCGUCGUCGUCUUCAUCCUCUUCUCUUAGAUCAUUUCUCUGAAAAAAAAAGAUUUUGUUUUGUCUUUUCCUUUUUCUUUAGCAAAUCCUUUUGUUCUUCAGAGCUUAAAACUUGUCUCCUUUUAUUAAUACCAUGUCAUCUGCUUCCUUCACCGAUCUCCUUGCUUCUUCCGGCGUUGACUGUUACGAAGAAGACGAAGACUUUCUUUGUGGGUUUUCCCCGGAGAGAACCGGGUCGGGUUUACCCAAGUUCAAGACGGCUCAGCCUCCUCCUCUUCCCAUUUCUCAAUCUUUCGCCUUCUCCGAUUUACUUGACUCUCCUCUUCUUCUCAGCUCCUCUCAUAGUUUAAUAUCUCCAACGACAGGAGCGUUUCCAUAUCAAGGCUUCAAUGGAACAAACAAUCACUCAGAUAUUCCCUGGCAGCUACAACCGCAAACGCAGCCGUCAAACGCUUCAUCUGCUUUGCAAGAAACAUAUGCUGUUCAAGAUCUCCACAAGAAGAAGGAUCCGGUUCCUCGUGAGUUUGCAGCACACAGUUUGGGAUCAGAUCGCCAGGUUAAGGUACCAUCGUACAUGGUGAGUAGGAACUCUAAUGAUGGUUAUGGUUGGAGGAAAUACGGACAGAAACAAGUGAAGAAGAGCGAAAACCCUAGGAGUUACUUCAAGUGCACGUAUCCCAAUUGUUUUUCCAAGAAGAUCGUUGAGACUGCUUCUGAUGGACAGGUCACUGAGAUCAUCUACAAAGGAGAUCAUAACCAUCCUAAGCCUGAGUUCACCAAGAGACCAUCAGGAUCAACAUCGGCUAAUGCGAGAAGAAUGUUUAAUCCUUCUUCUGUUGUUAGUGAAACACACGAUCAGUCAGAGAACUCGUCGAUCUCGUUUGACUACAGUGAUCUGGAGCAGAAAAGUUUUAAAUCUGAAUAUGGUGAGAUAGAUGAAGAGGAGGAACAACCUGAGAUGAAGAGACUGAAAAGAGAAGGUGAAGAUGAAGGAAUGUCUAUAGAAGUAAGCAGAGGAGUGAAAGAACCAAAAGUUGUUGUCCAAACAAUAAGUGACAUUGAUGUUCUUGUAGAUGGCUUUAGAUGGAGGAAGUAUGGUCAAAAAGUUGUCAAGGGGAAUACUAAUCCAAGGAACUACUACAAGUGCACAUUCCAAGGUUGUGGAGUGAGGAAGCAAAUAGAAAGAUCUGCAGAAGAUGAGAGAGCGGUUCUCACUACCUAUGAAGGAAGACACAAUCACGAUAUCCCAACCACGCUACGCCGCUCAUGAAAAAUAAAACAUUCUUGGGGACUUAGUCACUAGUUUUAUAUCAUUUGUGUUGUACAGAGUGGUGAUUAGUAGUUUUUCUUAAUAUCUUCUUGGGCAUAGAGAACCUCAAUAUUCAUGUGUGUGUCAAAUACUUUAGAGUCCAUUUUAAUAUCUUGUGUUUGAGUACAUUUCACAUUCAAGAUUCAAAGCAAUAAUAAUGGUAUGUAAUCCAUUGUGCAUGUUAUUUUCA